UGCAAGGUAAAAGGUUAUAAACAGUUAAAAGGGCGCAUAUUGACCUUCACCAGCGGACCGACCAGCUCCACAACACAACGAAAGUUACUGUGCGUUACCGUGGCAACGAGCCGUCGACAACUUGUUCACAGCCAGACAUCCCAGAGUGAAGUCCUAAUGUGAUAGGCAAGACAAAGUUUGCGGUACCUAAAUCUGCUGAUGGUUUUCAUAGAGAGAUCAGCAGCAUGUUCGCUGCCCCUUCAAAGGAAAGAUCACGUAAUGGAGCUUCUCAGACCUGUGGUAAAGACACUACUAAGCCUGGAUCCAAGGUUAAGAAAAAGGCCCACUCUUUGGAAGUGAAUUUACCACCUCUAUGCCCGGAGCCACCUUCUCUCUCAGCAGCCUUUGUGGCCAGGUCUCUGUUGAGUUGUACCACCAUCCUCAGAAAUGUCCCCUCUGACAGACCUUUAUCAGUGGUGGAACUCCCUCGUCUUAUAGCCCAAGUAGGACCUGGGAGAGCCAUAGCUGACACAAAAUGGACUGAAGGGCCUCGACUAAUGGCCUCAGCAUUAGGGGCCGACAUCCCUGUCAGAACUGCUGAUGAAUUGACAGCACAGAGUAUUACAGAGAAAGAAUCAACUUGUAAGGACAGAAAGAUAGCGACCAAACCAAAUAAAGUUCCUCUCACUGGCACAGAGGUAGUUCAUAUCUUUGCCAGGAAAAGAGACCUGGGAGAAUUUGAGCUUUAUUACCUAAAAGAAGUGGAUCGAGACGCUAACAGACCCUAUGACCUGCAAGUGGUCCAUCCCAGUGCAGCUGGCUCUGAACACUACAUCUUCUCCCCUAAUACUGUACUACAUGUGACAGAACAGGGUUAUGGUGGACUUGUCAGUCUGGCAGAGUGGUACAGAGAGUCUAUGUUGUGGACAGCUUUGCAGGAAAUCCCUAUUUUCAGGGACUUCAGACUGCGGAAAGCUUUCACCUUGUGGCAUCGAAAUGUGCGCAAGAUCUGUUUUCAGCACAAGUGUGCAGAUCUGCAGGAUAUGCUGAUUGUAGCUGUACCUCAGUUCAGAAAUGCUCUUUUUCUGUUCACCAGAAUAAUUGAAGAACUAAAAGGGACACACCACCUGCCACAGGAGGAGUCUAACACCUAUACAUUGCAGGAAUUUAAGAAUCUACUAAUAACCAUGAACCAAGAGUGUCUGCAGAUAUUGGAGAAGUUAUCACAGUAUCACUCUGUCAUCCUAAAUGCGGUGGAAGAGACCAGCUACAAGGCACACCAGGAGCUGCAGCUGCACAUGGAAUAUGCUCAAAAGCCAAAUAAAUGCUACGAACCCAUUCACCUCCGUUUGGCUCACCAGAAGGAGCUAAAGAAACAGUUGUCCCGGUCUAAAGGCAUCUUGGAGAAACUGGGCAACUUUGCUGCUCUCCUCAAUCAAAUGAUUGUGCAGAGUCUCAUCACGAUCAUCCAACAAGAUGCCAUAUCUUUUCUCAACAAUGUUUUGAAGAGGAAGAAAUCUCAGCAGUGCUGUCUCUUCCACACUGAGCUGUGUUUCAGUGCCAAUAGUCGGCUGACUGUGGAGCCACCAGUACAUCUGUUCUCAGAAGCAGUGAGUGAAGCACUCCUGACUGUUGGCAACUCUAUAAUUCAGAUGUGUGACACUUGUGGAUUCUUCCUAGAGAACAGCAACAGUGUCGUCAGAUCUGGUUUUGCUCAGGAUUUAGCCUCUGACUUCAGUUGUAUCGAACAUCUUACUAUUAAAGCUGAGAAUAAGAACAAUGAUGGAAUGACUGGACGCAGAAAGUUUUGCUGCUGGCAAGUGCUCAGAGACCUGCCAUCUCGCUGGCUGGUGCUACCUAAACAGACAGUACAGGGCAACACGGUGCAUGGCUGCCACUAUCCACUCCGCAAGAGACAGCUGGAGUGGCAGAUCAGCAUCAAUGACAUUACAAAAAAGGUUGAGGAAGAGGAGGCCAAGAUCAUGCAGGAAGCUGAAUUAGAAAUUCAGCAGCUCUGUGAAAGCUACUCAUGGUUGGUGGACAUCCAGUUCUUCAUCAGCCAAUGGAGUCAAGCCAUAUUAGAAUCCAUGAAGGGUCAGCCUGCUUUACUGUAUCAGGAGCACAUAAAGAAGGUACACAACUGGACUGAAAGAAUCUACACAGUUCCCUCAUCAAUCUCUACCUCCAACCAGCUGUUCAUCAUCCAGUGCACUCGCAUAAAGGAACAUCUAGGGCAACAGCUGAGGUCCAUUGAGGAGGAAGUGCUAGAGCAGCUUGUUGAGCAGAUUAAGCUGCAAUCAGAAAGCCUCAUGUCAGACUUGGGGAGGGCUACUGCUGAACUCAAGACAGAACCCCAAGACUUACGAGACCUUUCAAAAUAUUCUCUUAUGGUGAGGGACUCUGUGAAAAUAUUGGCUGACACACAGAAACGUAUGGAGUACAUUCACUCCCUCCAGGACACUAUUUGCAUGAACUAUAGGAAGAUGACUCAACAGGAAGAGACUUUGGAAGAUAAGAUGCUGGCCACGUGGGAUUGCUUUAUUACCCUCUUCAAGCGAGCAGAAAGCAUUGUGUGCCAACAUCUUCCUUCAAUGGCUAAUGCAUUGGACACAAUGUACCCAUUCUUGGUCUGUGACUUUAAAAAUAUCAUUUCCAAAACUACAUCUGGACCCUUCCUUGACCCAAGCCAGAAUGCAGAAGAGAUGGUCUCCAAACUGAACCACAUGUGUUCACAUGUGCACAUUCUCAAUGCAAAGCUGGAACAACUUAGUAGAAACAGUCAAAACCUACAAGAGCAUCCAAUGGAUUUGACCAUUUUGACCACAGAUGUUCAGAAGGUCAAAGCCCGUAAAGAGUUGUGGGAUCUGAUAAAUGUGUACACAAAAUGGAUGGAAGAAUGGAAACAGUUGCUUUUCCAUGAGGCUGUGGUGUCACAAGCUCAGGGGAAAAUUGCCAAGUGGAAGGAGCAAGCUCUAUCUCUAACAAGUAUCAUACCUACCCAUGAUGCAGUACUGCAGGAGACUUUGGGAAACCUGGAAAGCUUAAGCCAUCAGCUUGUAGUCAUGUCAAAGCUGCAGAACCACACACUCAAACCCAAACACUGGAAAGCUAUUUUCGAAGGCAUGGGCCUACUGUAUGUCCCAGAGAAGAAGGUGACUGUUGCUGAACUGAUGUCUCUUGAAGUUGACCAGAAACAUAUUACCAAGAUAUGCAGGGAUGCACAAGCAGAGUGGAACAUGGAGCAGACCUUCCAAAAGCUUCGACAGGGAUGGGAAGCCAGACUCUUCCAGCUGGAUAAAUUUACUCUCCCUUUUUGGCAGCAUUGUGAGACACAGCUUGGUUUAGAGACAGAGAAGCCCAGAGAGGGCAUUGUUUCAAAUCUCCAAACUGCCGGUCAAAACUCCUCUAAUGAUGCAAGAUUCACUAUUAUUGGUCUGGAAAUACACUUUGCUGAGAUAGAGAACGAUUUGAUGACCCUGUCCGCCAUGAUGAGAUCCCCACACAGUGUUGAGUUCAGGCUGCAGAUGGAAGAUUGGUUCCAAUUGCUGCAAGAUCUUGGGAAGCUGCUUUAUAUAUUUGAAAGAUACCAGCAAAUAUGGGCCUUCUUGACCAAGAUAUUCCAUGAAACAUCCAUUAGUGUUCAGAGAGUGGACCUGCUGGAGCGAUUCCAACCAGUUGAUGAGACAUUUAAAGAACUUAUGCACUCUAUAUCAAAUGCUCCUCAUGUGUGGAACUUUGUUCAUUCCAAGAAGACUAAUGACAGAUUCCAUGGUAAUAGCCUUUGCCAGAUUCUCAUUGAUGGUCUGUCUACAAUGGAGGCUAUUUCCAACCAGAUGGUGGAUCUCCUGGACAUCCUGUGUGAACAGUUUCCAAGACUCUGGUUCUUGAGUGACAGGGAAGUGAUACAAUUACUCUCCUUUCACCCAACACCUUUCACACUGCAGUGUUUCGUAAGCAAAUGCUUUAAAGGUGUGCGCUGUCUUGAAGUGGAUUGUGAAAUUCCAUCUAAUACAAGAGAUGCAAAGAGCUGUGGGGCUACAUCUGAAGGCCACGAACAGAUGAAGGUGCUGGGUUUUUUUGGCAGCCUCCAGGAGCACAUUACCUUUCUGUCUCCUUUGGAACCAAAUCGCAAUGCCUUGGUUUGGCUUUGUGUCUUUGAGAAACAAUUAAAAUUGACCAUGGUACAUCUCACGAAACAAAGUGCUGUAGUGCGAAACCAGCUUGAACCACCCAGUCAAGGUUUGGUAGGUGAUAAAAAAUUUGGAGACGACCUGCUCCACAUUGCUGAUAGGAGGAAAAUUGAACUACCUGUGCUGGAUCUGCUGUCUGAAUAUCCUCUUCAGUGUCUGCUGGUGGCUGAGGAGGCUGUUUGGUACAGUGUUAUUCAAAGAGCCUUCCAAGAAUCGAGCCCAGUGAAGUUGAGCAACAUAAAAGCAUACAACUCUGCAAAACUGAAAAAGCUUGGCUGUUCCAUAAGGGAUGGAGUCAUGGGAGCAAAAAGUGAAUCUCUGGUAUCUAAGUACAUGACUAUGUGUUUGCGUGCUUUAGUGCAGCUUACAAUGAAUCAUGCACAGCAGCUAUCUCAACUCAUGGAGGUACAAGGUGUAUCUCUAGAGUCGUCUUUUGAGUGGCUAAGUUUAAUGAAGUAUCAUAUAAACUCAGAAGAUUGCAGUCUGACUGGAAAUGGUGAUCCAACAUGUUAUGUGGAUGUUUUGGGCCAUCGACUCCAAUAUGAUUAUGAGUAUUUUGGUCCAGAAGAUUGGGUGAUGGUUCAUACUCCAUCCACAGAUCGGGCGAUACUGGGGAUCCUUCUUGCUCUGACAGGCUACAGAUGUGGGUAUGUGAGUGGACCUUGCAUGUCUGGAAAGAAAAAGACUGUAGUCCAGUUAGGAAAAGCGCUGGGGCGACAGGUUGUCAAUGUACAGUGUUGUCCAAGCAUGAAGCCCAGUGUUGUUCAGCGGAUGCUGUUGGGCGCCCUCUGGACUGGAGCAUGGCUUCUGCUGGACUCCGUGGACUUGCUAACACAAGGGGUCUUGUCAUUACUGGGACAGCAUCUAGUGGACAUUCACCAAUCCUUUUCUGAUUUAACAAGAAAUAAGAAUCAAAGAGUGAAUGAGGAAGCAAAGACUGCUGAUGGGGUCACAGGUUGCAAAAACAUUGGUGAUUCAGAAUGCCAUAUGGUGCUUGCUGGGAAAUGCAUUUCUGCCAGCUUGAACUAUGGAUGUGUUCUCAUCUCAUCAAAGGGAUAUACAGCUGAGGUUCCAGAGAGUCUGCAAUGUGCAACCAGACCCAUUGCGUUAACCCAUCCAGAUUACAGGAUCAUUGCAGAAGUAAUGCUGACUUCCAAUGGUUUCUCGGAGGCCAGGUCUUUAAGUCGACAUCUGGUGUGCCUCAUCAGCCUGGCCAAGGAUUCCCUCUGUCUGCCUGAUUUCAUCACUGACGACCAGAGCUGCUAUCUCGUUGUCUUGCAAAAGAUCAUUUCCGCCUCUGCAAUACACUUUCAACAAAGUUUAAGGCAACAAGAAAUUUCGGAUGAGGCUAAAGGAUCGGCUGCUGAACAAACUGAUCUUGCAUCUUCACAAAAUGUGACAGCCAAAGGUGUUGAGAAGAAUAGAAAAGAAACUGAAAAUCCUUCCAGGUUGCGCUGUUCUCAUUUGUCAAUUAUACAGGGAUUAAUGGAGGAGACAGCCAUUGUCAAAGCAAUUCUCACAGUCUUGAUACCUGUUCUUUAUGAGCACAAAAAAGCCUCACAGUUUUACACCAUUUUCAAGGGCACAUUCCCUAUGGCCUGCCAUUUUUCUCUUUUCCAACAAUACAUUGACGAAGAAGAAAAUAAACAACUUAAAGAUGCAGUCACAGAAGAGUUACAAAGGAAAUAUUUUCAUUGUGAAAGUGAAAUCAUUUGCAGUGCUCUUACACUUUACCAGACCAUGAAGUUCUCUAAGGCAGUUAUGCUUAUAGGCCCCUCAGGUAGUGGAAAGACAGCCUGUUACUGUGGUCUAGCUGGAGCACUCAAUCGCCUGGCUGCCAAGGCAGUGGAAUAUGUGUUUGAAAAUGAUGAUCUGAUUGAAGGAGAUAACCCACAGCUAGAGCCACAUAUCUCUGCAUCAACCUGGAACUUUGUUGACACUGUGGUUUUAUUUCCUAACGCCAUGUCUCAUGAAGAGGUAUUUGGCUGCUUCUGUGAGAAUAGAGGAUGGCAAGAUGGAGCUGUUGCAAAGGUGCUGAGAGAUUCAGAACGAUGUGAACCAACAAGUUCCACAAUCUGCAACAAUAAGAAAAAAAGUGAUCAGACACCGAUGGUGAAAUGGCUGGUAAUGGAUGGUAAUCCUGCGGGGCAGCCUGGCUGGUUAGAUCACUUAACCACGCUGUGCAGUCCUGAGGACCCCUUUCUGUGCCUGUCAUCAGGUGAAACACUACCAUCCCAAUCACAUCUUAAGCUACUAAUGGAGAUAACUGACCUACGUGACGCAAGUCCCUCUGCAGUGACCCGUUGCAGCCUUGUUUAUUUCACAGGUACUGAUCUGUGGAAGGCUGUGUGGAAGAGUGAAAUGGAGCUUUUCUCUUUUGAACACAAAUUGGAUCAAGGAACCGUGAAAAUGUGGAAUCAUCUGGCUGAAGAUCUCUUCUCUAGCACUCUUAGUUUGCUUAGGAAAAAGGCUUUAACCUCUGCAAUCCAUAAUGAAGGAGAAUCAUCUCAAAGCCUCCCAUAUGGACUGCAAGAAAUCAUGUCAUUCAUUCGGAUCCUACGAGCCCUCCUACAGCAUUUUAGAAAGAAAAUGGAAAAAACUGAGGCUAUACCACAAAUAGACAGAGAAGAUAUACCUCUACACAGAACGGACACAGCAGGCCGAGAUUCUCACACUAAACAAGACCUCCUGGCCAGAAACCUUUUUCUGGUGGCCUAUAUUUGGGGUUUUAGUGGACAUCUGCAUCCUCGCCACUGGCCACAAUUUGACUUACUAGCCCGUCAAGUAUUGUUUGCUUGCCGGUACAAAAUUGUGGUUCCUGAUGAAGAGGGUGUCUUUGAACAUUUUUUUAACAUUGAUAGCAACAUAUGCCCCAAGAGCACACUGAUGACAAAUUCCAUCACUCCCAAGUAUGGGAAAUAUACCUAUCUUCUGCACCUCAUGUUGGAGGCAAACCAGCCAGUGUUGCUUGUAGGAGAGCCCGGUUCUGGAAAAACCACUCUGUGCAAAAGUUUGCUGUGUUUUGACAAGCCACAUAUUAGCCUACCAGCCAGUCCCCUCCUGAGCUCCAGAGACCUGCGCACUAUCCUGAAAAAGAUCAGCUGCCGGAAGAACUCUAAAGGUACUCUGGGUUCCAUGUCAAAACAGCAAGGACUGCUUCUUUUUGUGGAUGAUUUGCAUGAAUCCCCCUGUGAUGUCUUUGGGAAGACGUCAACAGCUCUAGAGACGCUACGACAGAGUAUUUCAAAGAGAGAGGUUCUAACAUUUGACGACUAUCAUUUCAAGUUAUUGAGUUCUGGAAGCAUCAGCUACAUGGCUACCUGUUGUGUCUUUGGAGUGGGCAGUCACAACAGUAGUGUGGUAUCCUGCAGGCUGUCACGUCUGUUCUCCAUCUUUGUGCUCCCUAGCCUAUGUAUGGAUAUUAUAUUGUCCAUCCAUUCUCCUCGGCUAGAAGUCUGGCUCAAAGAUAUGACACUUAAGCAGGGUGGUAAGGAAAUGGCACGUUGUAUCAUCACUGCAACUCAAAACCUGUAUCAUGCAGUAUGUGAUCAAUUCCAGCCAACUGUGCAAAGGCCCCAUUUCAUAUUUUCCCACCAUGACCUUCAGAAGGUGUUUCGGGGGAUGUGCCUGUGGCAGUCUGACAUCCCAAACACAGGGACAAUGCAGAAAAAGGACUAUUCACUACCAGACUUUCCUCCAGUCCUACCCGGGCCUGCGGCAUCAGAUCUUAACAUAGCAUAUCUCUGGAUGCAUGAGUGCAUGCGUACAUUUGGUGAUAGAUUAUGCUCAGAGAAUGAAAGCAAAACUCUUGUGUCACUCAUAGCCAAGACAGCAACAACACACUACGGAAUUAGAUUGAUUGACGACACCCAGCCUGUCAGUUUAGGUGACCAAUCCACUGUCACAAGCCUUGCUAUUCACACACUACCCGUGGGCACAGCAGGCACAUGUAAACCAAUAGGUCAGAGUGUAAAUACACUAAAUCUGCCUCAAGAGCCAAAACCUGCUGGCCCGUCAGACCUGAAACAAUUGACUGAACCUUCCCUUCAGUAUGAAAACAAUUGCUCAGAAGAGGCAAGCCUGACAACUCACCCUCUGCAACCCCAUAUUAUUCAGCAUAUGGAGGCCACAAUGGCUAAGCUUUUAUAUGGCCCUGAGCUGUCUGAGGCCCUGAAAUCAAUGAAUCAGCAAAACAAUUUUAAAUGUAGCUGCUCAUAUCAGGACCGAGACCUUGAUGUACUACUUCAAGAGCUGUGUGCACUCAUUGACAGAAAAGAGGAAGACAAAGGACAGAAAGUUGAUAAUGACUACAACAUUACAACCAGAUACAUUGUACACAGACAGAGGGUGAGUCAGCUGUUACAUAUCCUGAGGGCUUUGCUCAUACCUGGAGGUCACGGAGUGCUGAUUGGCUCAGACGCAGGCACAGGCCGCAAAACCACUGUGCGUUUAGCUGCCUAUGUAACGGGUCACCAGUUAAUGGAGGUGCAUCCUGGUAAUGAGAAUAAGUUGCAUGAAAUCCUAAAAGAGGCUGGGAAUCGAACUCGAGUGAAUGGAGUUAAUGUCAUCAUACUGGUCCAUGAAGGAAUUAGCCAGUCUGUCAAAGAAGAACUAUUGGUGGCGAUGGCCCACACAACCUACCCAGGGCUCUGCACAGAUGAGGAGUUAAGAAACCUUGUUUCCAGAGCGACUGCUGUGAAAAACUCAAGAAGAUACCUUAUGAACAGUUGGGUGUUUGACAAGUACUUGAGCCAAAUCCACAGAAAUGUACAUGUGUUCCUGCUGCUCCCCUUCGCUGUGAUAGACAGCAGUGAAAUACCUGCCAACAAUAAAACCCAUGGAUGGAAUGCACUACUGACCAAGGCCCUGAGCGUCAGUUGCUGUGUGGAGGUGUAUCAGCCUUGGUCCAACAAGUCUUUAGUGGAAGCUGCUGCUCAGUGCCUCAAAGGUAGUCCCGACAAAAUAUUAGUGGAGAGAGAAGGCUCACAGGCCAGCCUGUCUGUGGCUAUGGCAGGCAUCCAUCAAUCUGCAUGUCAAUAUGCUUCUGUCUUCCUACGAGCUCAGCCUUUCAGCCCUCAGACUUAUAUGGAGUUUAUUGCCCACUUUGGUUACCUCUGCAACCAUCUGCAGAAGCAACGGCAGAGCCAAGCUAAUAGAGUUGCCACUGUUUUGUCUCAUUUGGAUUUCAUGAACAACACAGUUGCGCAGUACAAACAGCACUUAAUAAGACUGCAAGAGAAGGUUGCUGAGACACAGCAGCGUGUUAAAGAGCUCCUCAGAGCUGUAGAUUAUCAGACAAACCUGCUUAAGGAAGCCAAGGCGACAUGUGUAGUGGAGGAGAACAAGCUGUAUCAUCUGGAAGAGCAGAUAAAUCACGCUCAGAAACAGGUGAGACCUGUGUUCCUGUCUGGCGUCAAGAUUCUUAAUUGUCUGAAUCCAUCAGACCUGGAGGAGGUGCGCCACUACAGAGAUCCACCUGAUGGGGUGGUGAAAAUCAUGGAUGCCAUUUGUUUGCUGUUUAAUCGCUCACAAGGGUGGGAGAGUGCUAAACAGCUUCUUGGACAAUCCAACUUUUUCCAGGAGUUGGAAUUUUUUGACCGCUACAGUCUGAGAGAUGAACAGCUGCAGCAGCUCGGACAAAUAGUUCACAGUCCACAUUUUGUGCCAGAGUCUGUGCGAGAGGUGAGCAAAGCCUGUGAGUCCCUGUGUCGAUGGGUCCAGGCUGUAUAUGAGAACUGCUGUAUGCAACAACAACUGUUGGUGAAGCAGCAAUUGGAGUUGCUGGCCAAAGAGGCACAUGGUCAGCUUCACCAGGCCAAGCAGCGCAAGAAGGAUGCAUACCAUCAUCUAGAGAAUGUCAAGCUUCAGCUGCAGUUGGUACAACAAGAACUGGAGGAGCAACUGCAGGGACUUCACACCGCUGAGACCUUAGAAAAAGAAACUACUUUAGCUGCUGGGCAGUUGGAGACACAAAUCAGAGACUGGAGGGCUGCUGCUCAGGAGGCAGAGUUAAAUAUCCAAAGCCUACCAGGAGAUGCCCUUAUCCUGGCAGCAGUUAUCUCUUAUUUAGGCCCCUUUGCACCUGAUAUGCGCACAGAACUUCUUAGCAAGUGGAGGGAGCUAUGUCAGACAGGAAGCAUCAACAUAAACCCAGAGGACCCCAGAACCUCCCUGUUUAUACACUCUGAGGCUGCACCUUCUUACCCCCUUUUUGGCUUUCCCAUCCCUCUGUCUGAGAGGCUGCCUCUGGAUCAGGCGUUAGGUAUGCUCCAGGAUGCCUCACCUGCCAGAAUGGUUGUAAAGCUGCUGCUGUGGGGCUGCAGGCGUGCCUGGGUAAAACACUGGCCGCUACUGGCAGACACCCAGCAACAUCUAGAUAUAAGCUCUCAAAGCUGGCUGAUCACAGGAGAGAAUGCCAAGCUUGAGAAGGAGACAGAGUGUGGAAUGGUGGUUUGUGCUGAUGAUCCAGAGCUGCUGGACAAGCUGGACCAGGCUGCGGAGAAAGGUUCAAGAGUCCUGGUAACUCACAUGGAACGUGCGAUUCCCAGUCCACAGUUUCUGGCCAGAUUGGUACGCCCUGCUGGAUGUUGUCUUCCAGGGUUAAAACAGCAUGUUCAGCCCACCCACCCUGAAUUCUGUCUCUUCCUUAGCACCCAUCUGCCUGUCCAACUGCUUAGUAGUGAGAUCCAUCCGUCCAUCUUAGCUCAGGUACGUGUGGUUGACCUCUCUCUGAGCUCAGAAGAGAUCCAGGAGCUGAUGCUGACACAGCUGCUGCGGUCUGAAUGUAAAGAGCUGCUGAUUCAACACUUGCGUUUCCAGAAUGACAAGCAGUUGCUGCAGGAGAAACUGAUCGCAGAAGAGGAUGAUCUAAUGGACUACAUCCUGCAGCAUAACACCUCACUGCUGGGGGAUCUUCACCCCCGCAUGGCUGUUUGUCAAGAAGCAAUGAAGAACCUGCAGGCUGAGAUCCAGCAUCUGAGUGAAGAGCUGGACUACCAUGAGUCCCUGCUGGCUACGCCCCGACAAUUAAUGAGGCUGGCUGUUGCCCUGUACCAGGCUCUGCAGGAGGUGUCCAGUCUUUCCCCUGCCUACUACUUUUCCCUACGGGGCUUCAUCUCAGUUAUGCAAGAGGCCUUCAUUGUGAAUGAUAGGCCUUUUGUGUCAUAUUCUGGGAAAGUACCUGGGGGCAUAAUACCAGAGGUCACACACCGGAUGGUAGCCCAGCUGCUGGGCCAGUACAGGCCUUGUCUCCUCAAGAACCAUGUCGCUGUUCUGAAGCUGCUGGUGUCUGUGGUUCUGCUCCAACACAACCAGCUCUGCUCUGAGGCUGAGAGUGUGGCAUUCCUCAGGGGCCUUCAAGACAUAGAACAUCCUGUCAUUAAAGAACAAACCUGUUCCCCUACCCCUGCUGCCUCACAGUCCACCAGGGCUCUGCCCAGCUGGAUAACCCCCCAUAUCUACCCAGAGCUCCUCUGCUUGGAGAAGAUCCCAGUCUUCAGAGGGUUGAUUGCCUCUCUCUCCACUUACCCCAUGCAGUGGCAAGAGUACCUGCACUUCACUUCCUCCACUGUAGCAGGUGCUGUUCCCUGUCGCUCACAUUCACAUCUAUCCCUGCUACAGCGGGCUCUCCUCUGGAAGACCCUGCUCCCAAACUGCCUGGAGGGACUAGCUGAGGCUAUGGCGGCUUACUUCCUUUGCGUGCCUGGACAGAUAACAGGGGCUGAGGCCCCUCACACUGGGAACCCAGAGGCUCUCUCACGAUAUCUUGCCAAACAUGAGGGACCCAUCAUCCUCACUUUGCCCAGUCCAAGAGGAGAUAAGUGGACAAGCAUUCAGCCUUUUCACUUAAUAAACAGAUUGGCCAAAUGUAUAGCAGAAACAAAGGAGGUUCAGGUGAAAAUCGUUUCUUUUGGAACUGUGUGUGACAGAGAGGUGAUUCUCUCAAUGCUCAACAAAGCUGCUAAAGAUGGUCACUGGUUGGUUUUUAACAACUGUCACCUGUUGGAACGAUGGGAUGAUAAAGUAGUGGCUCACCUCAGUCAGCUGAUGUCCUCUUUCAGAGAUGAGCGAUGCCUGAUUCACCCGUGCUUCCGAUUGUGGUUUAUUACUCAAGAAUAUGCAUCAUGCUCCAUACCAGCGGCAGUACGGAUGUGUGCACUGCCUCUGGUCUGUGACUCUCCCUGGGAUCUGAAGGAGGAGCUAAGCUGUUCCUUGCGACAAGUGGCGUCCAUCAUAAGGUGUCAGUCACUGUCGGGGGUCACAGCAGACCUCCUCCGCUGUGCCAUCUUCCACUCUGUGUUACUGCAGAGACAGACCUAUAAAUACUUAGGCCAAGGGAGAAUAUACAAUUGGAGCCAGGCAGACCUCCAGGUUUUGAUGGAUGCACACAUUUGCAUUGCUAGUCUCUGCCAUGAUAAGACAAAGGCUUUGCAGUAUAUUGCAGUCAGUCUAGUGCAUGGCGCCCAUGUGAUAGACUCUGCAGAUUUGGAAGUGGUGGAGUGCGUUGCCAAGACCUGCCUCAGCAGAGUGUCACCUCUCUUGGGCAGGGGACCACACAUCCUCUCAAAAAUGAUCAGCAAUCCUGAUCACUUUGAUUUGUCAGGACUACUGCAGAUUUUAGAGCACGAUCUUCAGAUUUCAGUGAACAUCAGUGACCUCUUUGUACUGGGCUUCAGUACAGAUGUGGCAGCUGAGAUAAUCAAGAUCAAUAGCCACAAUUUGAAUAUACUACUGCAGGCCUCCCAGACUCCUCUAAGAACAGUGGGGAGUUUCUACACUCAGCUAAAACUGCCCACCACACUGCCAUCCUACAGCCAUACUAGAGACAGACUGCAGGCUCUGAAGAGUUACCUCAUACUCAAGAAUGACAGCACAGUUACAAAUGCAGGAGCUGCUUCUCACAGUCCCCUACGUGGCUUCCUCCAGGCUGAGUGGGAUGAUCUGAUUGAUUCGGUGUCCUUGCUCCUCUCACAGCUUCAACAGCCCAUUCAAUACAGCACGCCGAACUUCGCUUCCCUCCUCAAGCUCACUGACUUGUCUCACUUAGAGAGGAGGGCAGAGUUGCUCAGUGCUUAUCUCUGGCACCACACCACUUCAGAUCCACCUGGUGCCUACCGACUAUCUGCUUUCAAAAAUCCCAGAGGGUUUCUGGCAGCCGUCAUGAGAGAGGCUGCUCAAUUAAAUCGCAAAUUUAUCAGUGAUAUAGCCCUGCAUUUUCAGGUUCUGAAUGAUAGUACAUACCACGCCUCACUUCCCCUGGACGCUGUGUAUUUGUGUGGCCUGGAGCUGAGAGGGGCAUCAUGGGAUGCACAGCAAGGAGCCCUAGAGAACACAGACUCGCUGCAGCCAUGCUCACUGCCCUUUGUUUGUGUCAAGGCUCAAGUCAAGAGCACAAAUAUUGACCGAGAUAUCUUCCCUUGUAAAAGGUCACAUUUAAAGGAUGCCAGCAAUGUCCAGGUCGCACAUGCUUCUCCAUCGAUUGCCUCACAGUUACCACUCUAUCACUGCCCCCUCUAUCUCAAUGGAGAGCGGGAGAGUGGAAACUGGGGACUGGCAGAUGUUAACAUUAUCACUAUGCUUCCACUUCAUGCCAAGCUAAAUCCUGUUUUAUGCAGUUUGAGAAGGGUGAGGCUAGUGAGUAUGCUCUGACCUGCUGUGAUUCAUCAGACCGGCGCUCAGAUGCUUUUGCUGAAUAAACAACUGUAGAUUGAUAAAAGAGUCCUUACUCAUACUACAUGAAAAAUCUUGUGUAUGUAUUUGUCAUUAGGACAACUGUUCACAUAAAUGUAUGUGCCUUUCUGUUGCUGUAUAAUGCCUCUUUACACAUUACGUUAUUUAAUGUUUUGAAUAUUUGAUUUUCAUUAAAGUCUUUACACAAUGUCAUAAUGGCAAUUUAUAGCAUUUUGUGUUAUCCACCUGGCAUCACUGUUGGGUGUGGUCUUGUUCACCUGUUACCACACUGAACAGUGAUGUCAUUUUGUACUGACCCAGCUGACUCACCUCUAGUAGUACACCUCUGCUUCAGCUGGUUUUCAGUUGUUUUGAAAGCUGUUAAAAUGAUGAAUGUCUAUUCGCAUUUGAUUUCGCACCAACAAGUAAAAACACACAUAAAAUACCCUCAAAUAUACAUGCAGUUAUCCUCUGUUCUCAUUUUUUCUGUAUUGUAUCACGUUGUAAUUUUGAAAUAUUUUUGUAAAUAGCUGUCUAGAUUUAUGUAGCAAAAACAUUACACAUAUUUAUAAUCAAUUUACACUCACACAAAUGUGUAAACAUUACAAAGCCAUUUAUGUCAGGACGCGUGUAUUUAGUUUUAGCACUUUAGCACACAAAGUCUGCAUAACUUGUAAACAGUAAAAUAAAUAGCACUUUUUAUUGCUUAAA